UACUCUUGUCGGAUUUAUGGAUGGAUUGUCUCGUUUAUGUCUUGCAUGUUCCAUCUAUCCAUCUGUGGAGGGGCAGCUUUCCCCUUUAUCAUGUGGAGGUUAUCCUUCCGCACCAGAGCCUGUAUGGUCAUACGUAGGCCUUUCAGCUCUAACAGGUUUGAUAUCUUCUAUGGUACACGGCUUUUUUUGCUGGAGACUUUGGGUCAUCAGCAAGUCGUUUAUUGUACCCUGCUUGGUCAUGAUGAUAUCGUUACUUCAAUGCAUAAUGGUAAUAUAUGAUGCCGUUCACAGCAUCAGCGAAGUAGAACAAAUCGAAGUAGGUGUAGGUGUAUCUUACAACCCACAACAAACAGACUAUCUGGGCGGAACCUCAGCUGCCUGGGGUGACUAUUUGUGGCUAGGUGGCAGUCUUGUGUGCGAUUUGAUAAUCACCAUACAAACAACCAGACUGCUUUUUAAAAAUAAAUCUGCUUCGGAAUUCAAAAAGACAAAAUCGCUCCUCACCAAGCUUAUUAAACUGACCAUCGAGACUGGAAUGGUUACCAGUGUAGCCACAUUGGUAGAGUUGAUGAUGGCCGUAAAACUACCCGCUUUUUAUCACUUUCUAAUAUUUUAUUCACUUUCUAAAUUAUAUGCUAACUGCAUGAUGGCUACUCUAAACGCUCGACUGGUAUUACGCAGUGACACGGAUCAGCUCCAAGUCACAACAGCACUCUUUGAGGCACCUCACCGGAACGAAGCUUUAUCUUCGCCACUACGCUUUCGACAGGAAUGUCAACAGUGUCGCUGUCGGAUAGCCAACUCAGUCGCAGAUGACGAGCCAAAGCCUUUCUCAGAGAGCGAGGACAUUGGAUCCCGCGAUCAUGAAACUCUGCCUACGUUUUCAAGGUCAACCUUCCGAGGAUCUGAAAUCAUAAUCAUCGAACCACCCCUAUCUGAAAGCUCGACGGAAGAUUGAGGCGUUCAUUGGCGGAUUAUUUAUAUACUAUCCUUGUACUACGUCAUAAAAUGAGCUGCAUCACCAAGCAUGCUCUCGUGGAUAACUGUGAAAUCACAAGCUCCGAUUUGAAAUAUCAAAUGAAGCUUGAGGCCACAAGACUAUUUGGUUUUUAGAGAGUUGGCGCUCUUGCUGUUGUUGGAAAAUAAAAUUUGCUCAUAAGGUGGCUACCAUGACAAUGUAAAGUCUCUUGCGUCCUAGCGCGAGUGCGUCGUGGGACGCAAGCUUGAGUACUAACAGGGAAAGGCUGUAUUGGUUUUGAGAAGCAACGGCUUUGGGAGUCAUUGUGAGUUGUGGACCCGCCAAUGAACUCGAAAGAGUCGAAGUCGUGCCAGAAGUGAGUCAGUGUAGUACUGGCACGAUCGAUAUUGUCAGCGAGAAGUGCGAUGCUCAUCAUGGGCAGUGGUGAUCUCCUUGACAUCCGGUUACAACUUGUAACUCGCGCGAGACUAGGCGUUCAAGGUUUCAAGUUCAUGCGUGUGCAGAAUGUUCGCGGGUGCGCCUGCUAGCAUCGCUAUGAUGACGGACAGGUCAGGCAACGUAUCAUUGUUAGCACUGGUGAAUUUCUUGUCGUUUUCUACCGAUGAAAAGUGAACAUGUCUGUCUUGCUGACCGCCAUCGUAAACAGACCGGGGCUUGUAGUUGAUGCUGCGAACGAAUUGAACCCUCCUCCUCGGUUGUAGCAACCUCUUCCACGAGGCGUUCGUGGUGCAGGAACUCCGAACCCGGCCAUGGCCACCGUUCACCUGCUUUACUAUGAUAGUGUCAAAGGGAAGCGUGUUCCAGGGACCAAGCACCGCACGGACACGUUGGCAGAUUAUGAAGUCGGAUACUGGUAAAGUGAUCGCUGAUCGCAAGUAUUCGGAAGAAGGAUAAAGUUCUAGUUGUACUAUAUAUAAGACAGAUCAAGCAAUAUCCAGAUUGUGCUCGGAUUCCUUGACUACACAGUUUACUCCCUGCGUCCCAUGUAUCCUACACAAGUGUCAUCAGCUUG